CGGCGGCGACAGUGACUCCGAUCCAGCGUGCCGUGCCCUUUCGAAAUUUCUGGUGUAUCAGUGAUAGAUGCCUCGACAGAUCGCUUUAUGAUUGCAGAUGUCCAAAUAAUGGAAAUGCGACUGAUAAUAGCCUUGUGGUCAUUGGAGUUAAUCUGCUGUCUGCCUGAUACCAUUCCUAUCGGUGGUCUGUUCCAUCCCGCCGACGACAAACAGGAAAUUGCAUUCCGUUACGCAGUCGAGAAAAUCAACAGCGAUCGUUCGAUCCUGCCAAGAUCAAAGCUCAGCGCUCAAAUUGAGAAAAUUCCACCGCAGGAUAGUUUCCACGCUUCCAAGAAAGUACACAUAUUGCAGAUUCUUUAUUGCUUAAUCUUCGGCCCGCAAUCUGCCCAUACAGCUAGUCACGUACAAUCAAUAUGCGACACGAUGGAAAUCCCUCAUCUGGAAACACGGUGGGACUACAGGCUUCGCCGAGAAAGUUGUCUUGUCAAUCUUUAUCCUCAUCCCACCACGCUUUCUAAGGCCUACGUCGAUCUCGUUAAAGCCUGGGGUUGGAAAUCCUUCACCAUAAUUUACGAAAACAACGAGGGCCUCGUACGUCUUCAGGAGUUACUCAAGGCGCACGGACCGUACGAGUUUCCUAUAACGGUUCGUCAGCUCGGAGAGAGCUCUGAUUACAGGCCUCUGCUGAAACAAAUAAAAAACUCCGCAGAAUCGCAUAUUGUAUUGGACUGUUCCACCCAGAGGAUUUACGAUGUUUUGAAGCAGGCGCAACAGAUAGGGAUGAUGAGUGAUUAUCACAGCUAUCUUAUCACGUCUCUGGACUUACACGGAGUCAACUUGGAAGAGUUCAAAUAUGGUGGAACCAACAUAACAGCUUUCAGACUUGUUGACCCAGAUGGUCCGGAAGUUCACCAAAUAGUUCGGGAUUGGAACUUAGGAACAGAUCCAAAGACUAGAAAAGGUGAACCCGUUUACAGGUUUGCCAAAGCACUGCACGACCUGGAUACCAGCCAACAAAUUGACAUCAAGCCUCUCAGUUGCGAUGCGGUUGACUUCUGGCCGCAUGGAUACAGCCUCAUCAAUUAUAUGAAAGUUGUGGAGAUGAAGGGCUUAACAGGAGUUAUCAAAUUUGACCAUCAAGGUUUCAGGAGCGACUUCGUCCUGGAGAUCAUCGAGUUGAGUCGCGAAGGGCUCAAGAAAAUCGGCACUUGGAAUUCGACAGAAGGGGUCAAUUUCACUAGGACCUACGGUGAAGCUUACACGCAAAUCGUGGAGAUAAUCCAAAAUAAGACAUUCAUUGUUACAACACUUCUGAGCUCCCCCUACGUGAUGCGGAAAGAGGCGAGCGAGAAACUAACCGGCAACGCGCAGUUUGAGGGAUACGCAGUCGAUUUGAUCCACGAAAUAUCCAGAGUGCUGGGAUUCAAUUACACGAUCAGGCUUGUACCGGAUGGUCGAUACGGCUCGCUUAAUAGAGAGACAAAGGAGUGGGACGGACUCAUCAGGGAGUUGUUGGACCAGAGAGCAGACCUCGCCAUCGCUGAUUUGACUAUCACUUACGACAGGGAACAAGCUGUAGAUUUCACCAUGCCAUUUAUGAAUCUUGGCAUAAGCAUCCUCUACAGGAAACCCAUCAAGCAGCCACCUAAUUUGUUUUCGUUUUUGUCGCCGUUGUCGCUGGAUGUUUGGAUUUACAUGGCAACAGCCUAUUUGGGAGUCUCCGUUUUGUUGUUUAUCCUGGCAAGGUUCACCCCGUACGAAUGGCAGAACCCGCACCCUUGCAAUCCGAACCCCGACCACUUAGAGAACCAGUUCACGCUGUUCAACUGCAUGUGGUUCGCCAUCGGCUCCCUCAUGCAGCAAGGAUGCGACUUCCUACCCAAGGCGGUUUCAACUAGAAUGGUGGCAGGAAUGUGGUGGUUUUUCACGCUGAUAAUGAUAUCGUCAUAUACGGCCAACUUGGCAGCGUUUCUCACCGUGGAAAGAAUGGAUUCGCCCAUAGAAACGGCCGAAGACUUGGCAAAACAAACAAAAAUUAAAUAUGGAGCGCUAAGAGGUGGUUCAACUGCCGCCUUCUUUCGGGACUCCAAUUUUUCAACAUAUCAACGGAUGUGGGCGUUUAUGGAGUCUCAGAGGCCCCCUGUUUUUACAUCGAGCAACCAGGAAGGGGUGGAACAAGUAGUGAAGGGGAAGGGCAGCUACGCGUUCCUCAUGGAGUCCACUUCGAUCGAAUAUGUCAUAGAAAGAAACUGCGAGCUUACUCAAGUGGGCGGUAUGCUCGACUCUAAAGGAUAUGGAAUUGCGAUGCCACCAAAUUCUCCAUUCCGAACGGCUAUCAGUGGAGCCAUCUUGAAGCUUCAAGAAGAAGGGAAACUACACAUUUUGAAAACUCGAUGGUGGAAAGAAAAAAGAGGAGGUGGAAAAUGUCGAGACGAAACCACCAAAACCAGCAGCACCGCCAACGAGCUCGGCCUGGCCAACGUAGGCGGCGUAUUCGUGGUCCUGAUGGGCGGCAUGGGGGUGGCGUGCGUCAUAGCAGUCUGCGAGUUCGUGUGGAAGUCCAGGAAAGUAGCUGUUGAGGAGCGGGUGAGCAGCAUUCUGCACGACACGUAG